AGGAGGAGGGCGGGGCAUUGUUGAGUAAAUGCGAGUCACAGAAGCAGUGCGGCUUCUGACCCGAGGAUGCUGUGACAGAAAUAAAGAGUGCAGCUUGUCUAAGAGAAAUUAUCUGUUUGUUUGUUUUAGAAUUACCUGAGCCUUUAGCUUUUUGGCUUUGAUGAGUGCACUUCCGCAGUCAGCCUGCUGGGGGCCUCAAAGCGGAGCAGCUGCCGGAUUUUGUCAAUGGGAUAAAGGUUGCCCUUCUGACAGGAAUUGAGACACGGCAACACCUAACCUGAUAUCCCUGGAAAGGAUUGUCCUCAAGAAACAAGAGUAGGAAUUAAAGACUUCAAGAUAUAAGCUGUUAUUUUUGUCUGAAGGCACACAUUCUGCCACCAUGCCAAUCCUGAAGCAGCUCGUGUCUGGCACAUACCAAGCAAAGCGUCGAUCACGCACGGAUUUGACCAGGGAGAUGAUCAGUGCUCCACUGGGCGACUUCCGCCACACCAUGCACGUUGGCCGCAGUGGUGACGCAUUCGGCGACACGUCCUUUCUCAGCAGCCAUUCUGGGGAGGCUUCCCCUGAAACCACAUCUUUUCCCCGCUCUCCGAGGCCCAGUCUCCUGUCUCGCACCUUCCGGAGCAGCAAGCGUUCCCAAUCUGUGACUAGGGUGGAUCAGCAGAGAGACAACACACUUCUGACCCCUGGUGCAUCUCCACCUUCUAUUGUCAAGAAUGCCAUGUCUCUGCCUUUCCUUGGUGACAGCGACCAAUCAGACACCUUGCUGGCAAAGAGUUUGUCCUCAACUCCUGUAAAGCACCAGGAAGCGCUGGAUAACAGUCCUUCUGCCAGUGCUGCUGCUGCUACUCACUUCCUGGAACUGGAAGAAAAGAGCUUUGGAGAACUACGUGAACUUCCAGACACCUCCCAGUACUGCGGAGGUGGCGGGAUGAAACACGCCGAGUCUGUGAUGUCAUUUCACGUUGACCUGGGACCCUCCAUGUUGGGGGAAAUCCUCGGCAUGAUGGAGAAGGAGGAUGAUGAUCUGGGCUACGAGGAGGGCAAGAACAGCGAGGGCCGAGCCUCGCCGCCUCUCAGCACCCAUGAAGAGGAAGAGGACCACGUGGAGAGGAGACAGGAUGAUGAUAAAGAUCAAGUGGUGGGAGAGGAAGGAGCAGCAGUACCCCUGCAGGCCUCUAUGCAUCCGAACAGCGCUGUAGACCUGGGGCCUGAGAACUGGGCUCCUUACAACUCUGAGUACACUCCGGAGGCCCAACCCAAACAUCCCAAACAUCUCGACAGCUGUUCAGUGUCCAGCUCAGGCUCUGCUGCCAUGGAGGAGAAGCCAAACAGCCACACUUACGCAGGAGACACAGACAGCGCCACCUUCAGCGGCCUUCCAGAGGAGGAGAGCCACUUUUCUUCCUUCAUGGAGGAUGAAGAUGAUGAAAUCCAUGUUUGAGGGGGGAAAAAAUGGAACAGACCUCUAGAAGUGUUUUUUGUACACUUUGCAAGUCUUUGGAAAGUGGAUUUGCACUUGGUACAGAAAUACAACAUUGCUGCUGUAGGAGAUGAUGGAAGACUUUCUACUUAGGUCUGUUUCUCCUGCGUGACGAGGGUGACGAGCUCGAACUCCAUCUGUCAGAGACCCGCCCACCCACCCGCCACUUAGGGUUUGUCUGUUUGUCUGUCGCUGCCUUUGAAAACUGAGGGAACUGAUAUGAAAGAGCAGCCAAGAACUGAAUAUGGAACAUUCCACACAUAAAGCAGCACGGAAUGGCUUAAAAAGGAACUUUUUGUAGUGGAGAAACAUUCUCUAUAACGAAAGAUUGGUUCAUGCACUCCCCCCCAUCUCCCCUCACUUGACAUGUCACAUGUCCUUGUUCUUCUUUGCUCUCUGGUGGAGCGACAUCAUGGGGUCUGAGUUGAACAGAAGGCCUCAGUCACAGCAGGAUCACUGGUGGGUAUCUUGUCAUAAUAAAGGGGUCUGUGUUUGUCACCGGAGCGUGCAGCCCUUCCUUGAGCCUCUUUUAUCAGGAAAAACAGAGUGCCACAGUUCAGUCAGCAUUUCCUCCCUUAUGUAACUCAGGGUCCAUGUGCUGCUGUUGCUCAAACGUUUCUUGCUGUAAAGCUGGACCACAAAAAAUAAACCAAAAUUGUCACUGUGAGCGCCGCCACACAGGCUACAGCUCAGUUUAGAUUAAAGAUAGAAUGACUGCAAACUUGAUGAGAUCUACCGGCCUGUGUUUGGUCUAAACCGUGACAUUACUACAGGAACUCGAUUUUGCAGAUUGAGAACACAAGACGAACCUGCCAUUGCUUUUGCAAUUAAAAUGAAACUGAAAAAGAUUUGACAACCACUUCCUUCCUCCUUUUUUCAUGUGAGAAGCUGCAGAGAGCGGCGGAGGUAUAUGUGCUAAGACUUUCCACUAGGCGGCCUUUAGUUUUUGCCGAAAACUCCAACAGCCACAAUUAAACCAGACACUACUAAUAUUUACUGUUUAAUACCGGUGUGAGAUCUUUGUGUUUUGAAAGAGCCAGCAAGGAGCAGAAAGAAACCUGCCUAUUUCUUAUGCAAAACACAUUUUCAUUGCAGCUUCACUGUAUCUCUUACAUCA